AUGACUGCUGCAACUGCUACUAAAUCAGGACCUAUUGAAAAUAAGACGACACACUUUCGCACUCAGAUGGUAAAUGGAAAACCACAAAUUUAUUUUGAAGAUAUUCUUGACGAAUCUUCAGUACAACCACAAGUUAAACAAAAACGUAAUAGUCGUAUGAUAAAUACAACUCGUCUUCCACCAGAACAACCCAAAUCUAAACCAACUAGUCAGAAACCUGUUCCACAAAAUAUACCUAAUAAACAACCUAAAAAGACAAAUAAAGUAAUUGUUAAUCAAAAUGAUUCAUCAGUUGGUGUAUUUAUGACAAUGGAAGAAAUAGCAGAACUUGUUAAAGCAGUUAAAGAUGCACCAAAAGGUCAGAAUAAUUCAUCUACAGAAAACAAUGAAGUUCCAGAACCACCACCACCGCCACAGCAACAACAACCACAGUACAACUAUAUUCCACCUCCGGCUGUAAUACCUCAACUAGAUUUACCUCAACAAACACUACCACCUCCACUAUUGUUAGGCCCAACUUCUCCACGAGAAGAAGCAUUAGGUAUGAUGGCUGACAAGAAACGUAGGAAAUGGAUGCGAGAAAAAGCGGAAAUGGAUCGAAUGAGACUUGAAGUUGAAUAUGAUCAACUUAAACAUCAAUUAACUCCUGUAAAUCAAAAAUCUUCAUUAUCUCCUGAACGCACAGUAUAUCCAUCUGAUUUCUCAUCAAUGAAUAAACCUUCAGGAAAACAAAAUGAUAAUCCACAAAAUGAUUUCUUUAAAACAGGUUUAAUGGAAAAGAAACAACAACAAUGGAGACAAGAAAAUGCUGAAAAAGCUCCAACUUGGGAUCCAUUUGGACGUCCUGGUGCCGGUGCACCUAAUAUAAAUGCAAUUGAACCACCAAUCUCUCAACCAUCAUCUAAUAAUAUGGUUAUGCCAUAUCGACAACCUGAUCCAUCUUUAGUAACAUCAAAUAUUAUUAUUAAUGAUCAAACACAUGUACCAGCUGCAAUGCGUACGAAUUUAUUACUUGGUAAUGUUCGUUUUGAAGAUGAUGUUAAAAUAGCUAAAGAAAUGGAGCGACGACAAUGGUUAGAUGAUUUACAAAGACAAAUUGAAGACAAUAAACGUAAAAAAUUUACUCAACAAGAAACUGAACGUCGACAAGAUUUUCUACAUGAAAAUGUUAAACCCCUUGUACAAGAAGCUUCUAAUCGACAUCAACAACAACAACAGCAACAACAGCCACAGCAACAACAACAACAGCAACCACCACAGCAGCAACAACAACAACAACAACAAAAAGCUCCAUCACCCACACCAUCUUCUAAUCCAAUACCAGCAAAUAAUAGUGGACACGAUACAAGUAAAAUUCGUCAACGUGAAUCAUUAGUACAACAAACUUAUGAUAAAAUUCUUGAAGCAACUGAAUUAGCUAAAUAUGAAAAAAAACAACAAUUAAUUGAGAAACUUAAACGAAAUGGUCAUAAAACAGAUUUAUUAGCAAAGACAUUACCAGAUGUAAAAACACCUAUUCCAGAUCCGCCUCCAAAGAUACCUGAAAAGAAUUAUGAUUCAUCUCCGAAAAAGACUAAUGAGUUUUCUCCAAAAAAAACUACUGUAACAAAAAUUGAACCUAUACAUUUAAAUACUGUUAUUGAACAACAACCAUCCUAUCGAACUAACGAUACACGACGAGAUGAAGCUGUUAAUACAAUUGAUUCAACAUUUCGAAGUGAUAAUGGUGUUCAAACUGAUCUUCGAAUGGUAUCGCAUCAUCAAAUGUUUAACUAUACUCGUGAAGAAUCGGAUUUACCUCCUCAAGUACCAAAUCAUCUAUUACAUGAGGGAAAACAAAAUAAAAAAAAUGUUCGUAUACGUUCACAUGAAGAUGAUCAACGUCAACGACAAUCAAAUAAUAAUUCUCAUAAUAAUAAUACAACACCUCAAGCUAAUACUCAACGAAAUCAUUAUGGUCCACAUGAUCUUCUUCAUCGACCAUUAUGGAAUUAUCAAAAUGGUGCACAUCGUCAAUAUGUACCAAAUUCUAAACGAGAUUCAAAUUCUGAUAAACGUCAAAAACCAAAUGAACGAACAACUUAUAAUCGUUGGAAUAGUGAUAGUGAAUUACAACAUGAACGAAAAGAAAAAAAACCAGUAACAACUAAUCAACCACGUUCAAAUGUUUCAAGACAAAAUCAACCUCAACAUGUAAAUUUACCCAAAGGACAACCAAAAGAAAAAACAUUUGUGUUUUCAAAAAAUAAUGAUGAUGAAUCAAAUUUUAAUAAUAUACCAUCAUUAGAUAAAUAUGAACAUUUUAUACCAUACACAAGAACGGAUGAAAUACUUGAUCCAGCUAGAGCUUUCUCACCGCUACCACAAUCGAGAGAACCAUCAGCUCGUAAUAUACAACCAGCAAAGACGAAUCCAUAUGAUGAUCAUCAUAGACGGCCUAAUGUUAAUGUUCAAGCUCCACCUUAUCAUGUACCUCCAGCGCAACAACAGCAUAUUCUUCAACAAUUAACAGCUAUUAAAGAAAAUUUAGUUCGUCGACAACAAGAAGUUGCGACAUCAAUGAAUGCUAUUCCAGUUUAA